GAGUCCACCAGGGAGCUAAUUAAUGACGAGCUGGGUAUAGCUUAUCCUAUAGUAGAUGGUAUACCUAACAUGAUUCCUCAGGAUGCAAGGAUGAUUCACAAAGACCAGAAGCCCAAGGAAGAUUCUAAUACAUCAGAGUAACUUUGUGUCCGUCCUGAAGCCAUGUUUCUGUCCCUCCCCACACUGACUGUGUUAGUCCCUCUCUUGUCCCUGACUGGCAUUUUCUAUUCUGCUUCUGUGGACAAAGAUUUUCCCCAGGGAUGCACCAGCACAGCCAGCGUGUGCUUCUACAGCCUGCUGCUUCCUAUCACAUUGCCAGUCUAUGUGUUUUUUCAUCUGUGGACGUGGAUGGGACUCAAGCUUUUCAGGCACAAUUAAUUAAUAAUGUAUUGUUUCACUUUGUUUCUAGCAGUACGGUUUGUUACAGUGGGACUGUUUGCAGCAAAACGGUCUAGAACCUGCUUAAUUUGUCUAUUAUAAAGAUUACUGUUUAAAUAUAAGGUAUUGGUAUUUUUUAGCAUACUAAUGCAACAUUGAAGAAUUCAGUGAUGGUUUGCUUCGUUAUAUUAAGGUAAUAGGAUAAGAAGAUCAAUCCAUUCUGACUGACCCAUCCACCACUUGUAAUGUGUUGGCAAACCCUCAUCAUCAUGUAUGCCAAAUGCCUGCACCUUGUGGGCAGUAGCGAGAAUUCAGAGAUAUAAGUGGCAUUUGUUUUCUAGGCAAAACCAAGUUGGUUUCUGCACUUCCAGAAGCUGCAAGCAGAAUUUGCCUGGUUACAGGUUGGGGUAGAUCUAAGAGGGUAAUUAAGAUGUGAUUUGAGAUGUAUAAAGGGGAGGACACGGAACCAAGCGCAGUGACAGAUAUGGGAAGGUAAAACUAUACACACAUGCAGAUUAAUCGUAGUUUUCGUACAUUUCCUACUGAAUAUAAUGUAUAGAAAAUAAAAUAUAUGCAAAAAAUGCCUAA